GCGGCGCCCGCCACCCCCACAUGAGCGCGGCCAUGGCGUUGAGCGCGGUGCGAGCGGCGGUCCCCCGGGGGCUCGUGCAGCUCGUGCUACUGCGUUGGGCUCGGAGCUGGGCCGGGGUCCCGGCCCCGGAGCACGUGGUGCGGGUGCCCUGGGCUGCGCGGCGGCAGCAGCAGCAGCAGCAGCGGCGGCGGCGGCGGCGGGUGGCGGCGGCGGAGCUGGCGGUCCCGACGCGGGCGGGGAAGCUGCUGCUGCGGAGCCGGCGGCGGGAGCUGAGCCAGCCGAGCCGCCUGACUCUGGGCCGCUGGGAGGCGCCGCGCCUGGUGUCGGCGGGCUGGAAGCACCGGCUGUCCUGCGGCGACUACUUCCAGCUGGAGCGCGCCCAGGACUUGGCGCCGGCGCUCGCGCCGCCGCAGGCCGAGGGGGGCGACUCGUCCUUCGGGGCACUGGGGCUGGAGCCGGCGCUGGUGUCCGCCCUGGACGCACUGUCCCUCAGGCGGCCCACGGCCGUGCAGCGCCACACCAUCCCCGUCCUGCUGCGUGGCCGCCACGCGAUCUGUGCCGCUGAGACGGGCAGCGGCAAGACCUUGGCCUACCUGCUGCCGCUGCUGCAGCGGCUCUUCGUGGGGCCCCGGCCCCAGCUGCACUCGGGCCCGGCGCCCAGCCCCCUCAGCCUGGUGCUGCUGCCAUCACGGGAGCUGGCGGAGCAGGUGCGCUCCGUGGCCACCUCCCUAUGCCGGCCGCUGGGACUGCGGGUGCGGGAGAUCGGCGGCGGCCGGGGCAUGGGCAGCGUGAAGAGGCAGCUGUGCGCGGAGCCCUCCCUGGAUGUGCUGCUGGCCACGCCGGGGGCCCUGUGCAAGGCGCUGCGGAAGCGGAUGGUGACCCUGGAGCAGCUCAGCUGCCUGGUGCUGGAUGAGGCCGACACCCUGCUGGACCCCACGUUUUUGGAGCUGGUGGAGGAGGUGCUGGCGCAUGCUCCCCUGACCUGCAGCCCCCAGGAUUUGGCUGAUCCGUGGGAUGUCAAAACCCAGCUGGUGGUUGUCGGAGCCACCUUCCCUGGAGGCCUGAGCCGGCUGCUGAGCAAGUUUAGUGACAUUGGCCACUUUGUCAGGCUCGUCAGUCAGAGCCUGCAUUGCCUCCUACCCCACAUCCAGCAGAAAUUUGUCCGGAUCAAAGGUAGAGACAAAGUGUCUGAGCUGUUGCAGCUCAUCAAAGUCCGGAGCCCUUCCAGUGGAGCCCUUCUGGUCUUCUGUAACAAGGCCCCCACGGUCAACUGGCUCAGCUACAUCCUUGAUAAUCACAAAGUCAAGCACCUGAGACUGCAGGGCCAGAUGCCUGCAGCCAUGAGAGCAGGUAUCUUCUCUGCCUUCCAGAAGGGAGAGAAGGACAUCCUUGUCUGCACUGAUUUAGCCUCCCGAGGACUGGAUACUAGCCGCGUGGAGCUGAUAGUUAACUAUGACUUCCCAGACACCCUGCAGGACUAUCUCCAUCGGGUAGGGCGUGUUGGGCGUGUGGGUAGCCAGAAGUCUGGAUCUGCAAUUAGUUAUGUGACCCAUCCAUGGGAUGUUGACCUGGUGAGGAAGAUAGAGACUGCAGCCCGGAGAAGGACUAGUCUCCCGGGUAUGAAGACCUCCAUUGAUGAGCCUUUACCUGAAACAGACUUGACUCAGACUGCCAAAUAGCAAUGAAUUUUGUGUUUGAAUUAGACUUAGGCUCCUACUAAAGGCUUACUGUUAUAUUUAAUACUGGCAAUCUUAUGUUUGUGACCCAGAAUGUAAAUGUUAUAGCCAAAGAAUUUAAGCUUUUAGUUGCGUCAUGACCCUAAGGUGUAUUGAUUCAUUUCAGUUGUAGCAAUUACUUUGCACUUUUGCAAAAUCAAAUUGUAGUAACAUGCAACAGGUAGUUAAAAUGCUUUUAGGGAAGGCUUGAAAUAGAUCAAAAGCAAUGAAAUUGAGAGAGUCAGUUUGUUCAAAGCUCAUUAAUAUUCAAUUUGAUGUAAAUCAGAUGUAUCUGGAUAAAAAAUAGGUUAGGAUUAUGUAGUCACUAUAAUCCUGAAAAUUAUAUUUCAUUAAUGUUCUAGUAUAGGUGGCUAGCUAUGUUAGCCUGAUGUCAGGCAGAAGGUAGGGCGGGGCAGCACCCUUGGAACUGGUUCAGAGAGGCAUGAAUUUUCACAGUGAUCUGCUGUGUCAGAUGCUAGGAAAGGACUCCCAUUUCUAGCUCACUGUUUCUACCUUGCUAAUAUUGUAUCGGAACAGCCAGAAGGUAAGCAACAGCCAGGAACUGAAUAUUAGGUGAAGGUUAAAAUAACAAUUAUUGUGGAAAUAUGUUGCCUCUUCCCUCAAGUGUAUUAAAGGUUAUAUAUAUCUGUUAAAGUUUAUAUAACUAUUGUAAAUUAAGGCUUGUUUAUCUCCAGCACAGGUAGGUGUAGUGGAAGUUUCUGGACCAUAAUCUAACCUUCUAUCUGAACUCUGACGUUGCAGAAAAAAACAUCUUCCUUAGUCUUACAAUGUCUGUACAAUACAGAUUGAGAAAUUUUUUCCUGGAAAUACACACCAGGUAUUUCAAAAGUGGAGCUAGGACACAAUGGAAAGAAAAUAGAAGGGAAGUGCUGGUUAAGCAGUUUGUACUCCAAGGUUACCUCCCAGUAGUACAUUUGUAGUAUUUUAUAGGUUGAAGAGAGAGGCCUUUCACGCUUUUUUAUUAAAGUUCUUUUGCUUGUUUUUUAUUAUAUAUUCAGGCUCUUUAAUUGUUGAAAUGUUAGGGUAAGUAGAAUCUCCGUGGCGAGAAGAAUGUACCUCUCAGAGUGCCAUUCACAAGUAGAUCAAAGCACUGUAUAAAGGGGGGGUCAUAGAUAGUGCAUUAGGCACCCAGAGAUGAAAUAACUUGGCCACAGUCACCAAGUAGGCCAUUGAUGGUUGGAAAUAAGAUGUAAGUUCCAUGAAUCCAGCUGUGGCACGCUGAUACUUAACACCUAAAUAAAACUCCUCCUUUGUCAAAAGGGUUGGAGUCAAAACUGUCUCCCUCAAUUUUUUGUGAACCAUUGUAGAUUCUGUGUUCCCUCCUCCAAGCAGCUGCAGUAAAAGCAUCACGGACUGUGUGUCACUCUGAGGAGAAGGAGUAGGAGAAUAGGGGAGUGAAAGGUAGUGUUGAGCUCUCCCAUGUCUGCGCUCAGAAAUAAAUUUUAAUGGAUGAGGACAGCUUCACAAUUUUGUCCAAAGUCUGUCUUCUCUGACUCCCCUGCAUUAUGUCAUGGACUGAAAAGGAAAUGCUUUGACCGAAUGCUGCCUAUAGCAGUGUGAGUGGGCAAGUUAUUGCUUUUGAAUGGAAUUGUUUCCUGGUGAGUGGCUUCAUUACUUACUUGUCUGAUUUUUAAGGAAGUUAAGCCCUAUUUUUGGGUUUUUAGUCGACUAUCAGUGUUGGAAAACAAAAUUUUGAUUCAUAGCUGUGAUUUAUUACAGAUCCUUUACGACUUAAUCCAUCUUUCUGUGUACCUGCUUAUAUCCCCUCUGUCAACUCAGGGGUGUGGAAAGUGCUAAUAUGGUCAAAAGACUAAUUACUGAAAAGAUCAGAGUGGGAUAUUUCUAUGUUGUUUUUUUGCAAGGGAAAUUGUGCAUAACUAUAUACUAGUAGUAAUAGACAUGCAAAGGAAAAACACAAGCAAUUACAAUACUACCCUGGUUUCACUAAGUAUUUGGGGAAACUUGGCUCAAGCUUAACUAAUACAGUUCAGGUUCAGAAAUCUAUGCCUAGAGAGAAAAGAGAGAGAGAGCUGGGAUCUCACCAGUUCAAGGUACUCGAGUCUCAAAGCUGACAGGUAAAAUUCCUAACACAGUCCUUGAAAGGAAAUGAUCUGUUCUUCCAGCAUCCCAAGAAUGAUGGGAUGGUGUCAGCACAGGAGUUUUCUUCUUUCUUGAAGGACCCACACUUUUUACAGAUUUUUAUACCCUCAGUUCAGCUGCUUCGAAGCAUCCUCAAUUGUGUAAAUCAUUGUCUUUUCUAUUGACGGGGUUAUCUGGUUUGGAACAUCUCAAGAAACUGAUUGAUAAUCAGGAAACACAUAAGAUUAGGGAGUAACCAAAUACUUGGGAGCCAGCUUGAAAUUCCUAUGGAUAGCAGAUAUACUGAUGGGAUAUCUCAUGGUUUCUUCAGAAACAAUAGAUAGCUCGCAGCAUCAGGAUUUUGGAUUUUUACUUGUUGUGCACAAGCCUCAGCUUAGCAUGACUUUUCCAGAUCUUACUACAGUCUUUUAAUAGACUUAAGAUAAUUAUUGGGGUGCUCAUAACCUUUUGUGGUGAGGACUUCCACCAGUCAUCUCAGGAAAAGCAUGACAACACCUGUGAUUAGGGCUCCAACGGGCUGGACGCUGUGAUGAACCCUUAACCAUUGUUCAAAUGUUGCCCAUACCCCCUCUGACUCGGUCUCUUGCCUCAGCAUUCCCUAACCCGGCAACCGAGCUUUAGUCAAUCAAGUUUAAAUAGGCCUCCCAUAGUGGGACCAGGGAAUGUACGGCCCGAGAUGCCUAUUAAACUUAGAGGGGUGUGUGUGUGUGUGUGCGUGUGUGUGUGUGUGUCUGGGAGGGGGAAAGUCCUUAGUAAAUCCAGAUUAGAACUGGUCUGAUAAAUGCUGAGCUGGGUGUGUGAGAACAUGGGUUGAUUAGCAUUUGGAGCACAGAUUCCCCAUCAUGCAGUGCUCCCCUGCUUCUCUGGUCCCAGAAUUCACUGCAGUCUCUGCUUCAGGCUUUCUGUUCUCCAUCUCUCAUGUAAAUGAAUGGUCAUCUGAUUCCAUCUUGGAUACAAAUGAGACCUAGGGCAGUUGUUUCACUCUUGUCACCCUUACCUGGAGGGUCUUAGGUGUGUCUCUCACUGCAUCUUAACCAGUUUCAUUUAUGUAGAGGGGGGGUGAGCCAGACAGACUGCAUCCUGUGCCAGGGUUCCCAAGAACACGCAGCUGAGACGUAACAUCUUUCAUGACAGCCUUUAGAAUAAAGUCUGUAAUGAAAACUAGAUGUUGGACACUAGUAAUCUAUUCACAUUACAGCAGUGAGAAAAAUGUUGUGGGGAAUCUUCAGGCUGUAGCAGUAUAGUUGGAAGAUUUCUUUUAUUCCCAGUUGGUAAAGAGAACUGGAAUAGCAAUGCAGUAAAAGAACCUGGGGACCCUUGUAUUUUGACUACAUUAAGCUUGUCGUCCACUGUGAAGUUAAUUGCAAAUUUUUGUCUGUAUAUGUGCAUAGGAAGAAACAAUACCAAAGACCCAUGGCAGUGUGCAGGAGGAACCUUUUGGGCAUAAUUUAUGGAAUGGACUAAAGCAGUAUUAAUAUUUUCAAGUGGCUUCUGCAUGAAUGCUACUCGUAUACUAGCAACCUCAUAUUAAUUCCAGUCGGAGGUUGUGCACUGAAACCUCUCAUUUCAACUUCCUUAAAAUAGCUUUAUUUCCUUGUCUGUUCUGUAGUCCUCUGUUAUCUACAGCCAGCUCAGGCAGUUUAUCACUUUUUACUAUCUUGUACCAUCUAUACUUUUCCCAAAGCCUGAUGAAAGGACUUGGAUCCUGAAAGCUUGCAGAAAAGGACAAUUUUCUUUGAUUCUCCAGUUGGUCUAAUAAAAGGUAUCACUUUGGAA